UAGGGAGCCAAUGAGCAGGAAGAGAAGCAACAUGCAAACCUAAAAGAAGAAGUGAGAAAGAUGCUAGUGAUAUCUCCUUCAAAAUCUAUACAAAAGCUUGAAGUGAUCAACGCAAUCCAACGUCUUGGAGUAGAUUAUCAUUUUGAACAUGAGAUCCAAGAAUCAUUGAGUUAUCUCUCUGAAGGUUAUGAAGAAUGGAUUGGUGAAGUUGAUAAUGUCAAUAACCUUCAUGUUGUUGCUCUAAGUUUUCGAUUACUUAGGGUACAAGGUUACUAUGUCUCUUGUGAUGCUUUUAGGAAGUUUACUGAUGAACAAGGAAGCUACAUGGAAGCAUUGGUUAGGGAUGUGCAAGGAAUGUUGAGCUUGUAUGAGGCAUCACAAUUUAGAGUACAUGAUGAACAAAUUCUGGAUGAAGCAAUGAAUUUCACAACCACCCAAUUGAAACUAAUUUUGCCUAAUUUGAAUAAUUCUCUUGCACAACAAGUAAGUAGUGCAUUUAAGUUUUCAAUCAGAGAUGGUAUAGUGAGAUUAGAAGCAUGGAAAUACAUAUCAAUUUACAAAGAAGAUAAAUCAUGCAAUCAAGUGUUACUAAACUUUGCCAAAUUGGACUUCAACAUCUUGCAAAUGUUGCAUAAAAAGGAGUUAUGUGAUAUCACAAGGUGGUGGAAGGAAUUGGAACUCGUGAAGGUUGUACCUUAUGCAAGAGACAGAGUGGUUGAGUUAUAUUUUUGGUGUUUAGGCAUAUAUUUUGAGCCUCAAUAUAGUGUUUCCAGGAAAAUAUUAACAAAAGUUUUAUCCUUUUGUUCAAUUAUGGAUGAUACUUAUGAUACCUAUGGGACACUAAAUGAGCUUACUCUCCUCACAAAUGCAAUUGAAAGGUAAUUAUUUUGAUGAUAUUGAUAACUAUUUAUUGUCAACUAUUCCAUAAAUGAGAUGAAAAAACUAUUGAAAGCUUACUUCCAGGAGACAAAAUGUUAUCAUGGGAAAAUUGUGCUAAAGAUGGAGCAGUAUGUGAAGAAUGGAGCUCUAUCUAGCACUUACCAUUUGCUUGCAACUACUUUUUUGUUAGGCAUGGGAGAUGUAGCAACUAAAGAUGCAUUUGAUUGGAUAGCAACUGAACCUCCAAUACUAGUUGCUUCCGGUAUCAUUGCAAGAUUACUCAAUGAUCUUGUAUCACAUGAGAUAGAACAGGAAAGAGGAGAUGCAGCUUCUGGUAUCGAAUGUUACAUGAAUGAAUAUGGUGUCACAAAGGAAAAGGCACAUAUGGAGAUAAGAAAAAUAAUAGCAAAUUAUUGGAAAGAUUUGAAUGAAGACUACCUCAAGCACAUUGUUGUUAUACCAAGGGUUUUGCUCAUGGUUAUGCUCAAUCUUACAAGGACAGCAGCAUUCGUAUAUAAAGAUGAAGAUGCUUAUAGUUUUUCCAAUAAUAACUUAAAAGACGUCAUUUCUAUGUUGUUAAUUCAUCCUAUUAUAACAUGACAACUUCAUAAACUUUUCUAUGUAAUGCAUGUAUGUUGUUUUCUAUGUUGGUUUAGGUUCACUCCCUUCUUCUACAAAAAUAAAAGUAAAGGCAAGAUCUAUGUAAUGCAUGUAUUUUGUUUGCUUUUGUUGGAAAUUAAAUCUAUGUAAUGUAUUCUGUUUGCUAGUAUGAAGUACAAAUAAGGAGAGUGCAAAUAUGU